AUGAGCAUUGAUAAUAAAGACAGCGGAAGGGAAGAAAUUUUGCUUGAAAUUCACUUCCACUUACAAACCAAUAAUUUAAAAUUCGAAAUCUCUGGUGUUCCACUUGGUGACGAAGAAAUUAAAGACAGACUACUCGAGGCAUUGGAACGACGUAAGAGAAGGUUCUUUGAAUGUGACGCCUUCAUCGCAGCACUUCUUUUAGAUCCUCUCAUCAACUGGUCAAAUAAUCAAGAAGAUUUCUUUGGCCCAGAACUACUGGAAAGAGGAAUGGUGCAUAUCGAAAAAAUUCACCAGGUACUUAUCAACAGAGGACAAGUUGAGCAACUAGAGGAUCAAAAUCGAGAUCAACAAAACGUCAUUUAUGAGGCAUUAGAUCAACGACUAGGAGGUGGUCGACGAGGACAAGAUCAAUCAUGGCAAAACAUAAACCAGCGAUUGACCAUUCGCCAACAGAUCAACAGGUUUCUAGCAGAGAUAAGAAUAUCAUCAGGCGCUAAGUUAAACCCGCAAAAGUACUGGUACAACAAACGUGAUAAAGAACCAGAAAUCUACAAGAGAUGUUGUAAUCUUCCUGAUUUAAAACAAAAAACAAAUAUUUCGAAUUUAAUAAUGGAAUAUCCAGAAUUAAGUAAUAUGACUCAAGAAGUUGUUCGUUGUUCUAAAGCCAAAAUUUAUAUGGAAAAAUCAAACCUAACUUCAUUUGACAAAAGCGAUUUCAAAAACUUUAUUAAGGACUCAACUAAUGAUUCAGAAUGGAUAGAAGCUUUCAAUAAAGCUGUUGAUCAAUGCAUUGAUAAUCUUUCACACUACAAGAAAAUUUUACAGCAGAUUCAUAAAGUGAGAGAUGAAGAUUGUGAUAUUAGGAAUGUCCAACAAAAUCUCUUGUCAACAUUGAAAAGUGCAAAAACACAAAAGAUUUUCUAG